AUGAGAGAGGCUAAAGACUCCCAUAGGCUACUGAUAGACUAUCUAUCGAGGGCUAACUCAGAUCACGAGCAUGUAUCGUUGAUGUGCAGCAGUGCAACGUUGGCUGAUAUCGAUCGUCCACUCCAGAAGCUUGAAUUAUCGACUGUGGCAGACAUGUAUCGGCCCAGCAAUGAGGCCUGCGCUAUCGUCAUAUUUCAGCCCGUAAAUCAUUGCAGCCCUCCUCCUCAAACCCACCAAAUUUCCAGCUGUUGCAUUCCAACAAACAACCCCAACCUUCUCACUCACGAACUCCUAGACAAGAUGGCCGCCGCCGUAGCGAUGCCCUCGAAGAUGACCGCGCUCUACUACGAAAAAGCUCGCCACUUCUCAGUCAUCCAGGCUGAUCUCCCCUCGAUCGAUGAACACGAGGUGCUGCUAAAAGUGUCAAUGUGCGGAGUGUGUGGAACCGACCAGCACAUUCACGAAGGAGAGUUCAUUUCCAAGUUUCCAUUGAUCCCAGGACAUGAGGUCAUCGGGACGAUCGUUCAAGCCGGAUCAAAAGUGCACAGCGUCAAGAUCGGCGAUCGUGUGGUUUGCGAUGUCGGGGAGACCUGCGGGAAAUGCUUCUACUGUCAACGUGGUACUACCCUGUUUUGUGAAAGUUUCGAAGCCCAUGGGGUUACCCUCAACGGCGGUUUUGCGGAGUAUGCAAAGUUCCAUGCGGCCAAGGUAUUCCCGAUCAAGAACCUGACCGACGAGCAAGCGACCUUGGUCGAGCCUGCCUCAUGUGCCGUCCACGGCCUCGACAAGAUCCGCCCCAAGCCCGGCAGCGAGUGCCUCUUGAUUGGCGCCGGUCCAACCGGGCUCAUCCUUGCCCAACUCCUCAAAUUAAAUGGGGCACAACGGGUCGUACUAGCUGCCAACAAAGGAAUGAAAAUGUUGAAGAAAGACAACCCGCACGGAUUUGAUGUGGUAGUCGAGGCUACCGGAGUGGAAUCGAUAGUUGAUGACAGUAUCAACUAUGUCCGUCGUGGAGGGACUCUCCUUGUCUACGGCGUUUAUGAUAAUGCCGCGCGAGUCAAUUGGUCGCCUACCAAGAUUUUCUCCGAUGAGAUCAACAUCAUUGGAUCGUUUUCUCAAACAAACUGCUUUCCGCGAGCUGUUGCGUACCUUGAUUCGGGCAAGAUUCGUACCGAGGGGAUGGUGACUGAUAUCUUCAAAAUCGAAGAAUACCAACAGGCCUUGGAUAAGAUGGCCAGUCGCCAAUGUCUUAAGAUCGCUGUCAGACCAAACCAACAGUAG